UAAUGGGAAAAAGAGAGCAAAGAAACCAAGGCAGAGAAAAAGACAGUAAGAGAAUCCAAUUAUCAUCACAAGUAUAUUUAUACAACAAUACACUCUAACGUAUAUAUAAAUGCCAUGAAAUUUAUUUUCCACGAACCCGAAGGAGAAACAGAGAGAGUCUGAGAGAGAGAGAGAGAGAGAGAGAGAGAAACCCAACGGGCCCUCCUUCCUUUCCCCUCCCCCUCUCACUCCAUCUCGGAAGGGAAGGGAAAACCGCGUUUCGUAGCAGAAGACGGCACUAAAAGAAACGUGUUUUUUUUUUAUUCUUUUAAUCUUCUUAUUUCUUUCAAGAAUCCAAGAAGGAAAGAAAAGAAGUGAUGGUUCCAUUCAGAUUAAUAUCCGUCGUUUUGUUCUUCACCGCCGUCGUUUCAAUCCUCUCGCCGCCGUUUUCUCUCGGGAUUCGGUACUUCCCCACUUCCGGCGGAAAUGGCGGUCUCCUCCUCCGAUUCUCCGAGGCGCCUGAGUACCGAAACGGCGCCGAGUGCGCAAUCUCCGGCGAUAAAACGUCGUCGUCAUGCGACCGGUCUCUGGUUCACAUCGCGAUGACGUUAGACAGAGAGUAUCUCCGAGGCUCCGUUGCCGCCGUACACUCGGUCCUCAAGCACGCCUCGUGCCCGAACAACGUGUUCUUCCACUUCAUCGCCGCCGAGUUCGACUCAGCGAGUCCCCGAGUCCUGGCUCAACUCGUCCGGUCCACGUUUCCUUCCCUCCGGUUCAAGGUCUACAUCUUCCGAGAAGACACGGUCAUAAAUCUCAUCUCGUCCUCGAUCCGAGAAGCCCUCGAGAACCCGCUAAACUAUGCGAGAAAUUACCUCGGCGAUAUUCUCGACCCAUGCGUUGACCGCGUUAUUUACCUCGAUUCAGACGUCGUCGUCGUCGACGACAUCCGCAAGCUCUGGAACAUCACCCUCACAGGUUCCCGGGUUAUCGGAGCCCCGGAAUACUGCCACGCCAACUUCACGAAUUACUUCACCGACGGGUUCUGGUCCGACUCGGUUAUCUCCCGGGUAUUCAGGUCAAGAAAGCCCUGCUACUUCAACACCGGUGUUAUGGUGAUGGAUCUGGUAAGGUGGAGAGAGGGGAACUACAGGAAGAGGAUCGAAUACUGGAUGGAGGUCCAAAAGAAGAAGAGGAUCUACGAUUUGGGAUCUCUGCCGCCAUUUUUGCUGGUUUUUGGAGGUAAUGUUGAGGCGAUCGAUCACCGGUGGAACCAGCACGGCCUCGGCGGCGACAAUGUGAGGGGAAGUUGCCGGUCGUUGCAUCCAGGUCCGGUCAGUCUCUUGCAUUGGAGUGGGAAAGGGAAGCCAUGGGUGAGGCUCGAUGAAGGAAAGCCUUGUCCUCUUGAUAGCCUUUGGGAGCCGUACGAUCUAAUCUGCAAGCCAAAGUAUCUCGAGAACAGCUCUCCGCUAUCGUCGCCGUCGAUCAUGAUCGACGGUCCUCGUUCGAGUUACUACUUGUUACGAUGAUGAUAAUGAUUCUUUCAUUACAUUGGUUUUAAUUACCACAGAUUAAUUCGAUUUUGAUGUACAGAUUGAGGAAAGGGGUGAAAAUCUUUUAUUUGAUUCAUGAUCAUAUUUUGUUCGAUUUUUUUUUUUUUUUUUAAAUGUGUACCUACAUAUGAGAUAUCAAAUUCCUUUAUCUUGGAACAAUUUUGUUGAGCGGAUUGAUUUCUUUGUAUGUAAUUGGAGGGGAUAAUAACAGUAACA